UCAAAAUUAACAACACAAAACACUACUGACGGGAAUUCCACGCUCUUUUGGUAGCAGUGAAUUCGUGCAAGCGCAAAUCAAAUCAAAUCACGGUGGUCUGGCAUCUCUGGCAGCAGGGUUGCCCCCGAUCAACUGACGUUAAUUGCCCGCGACAACAGUCAAUCGCUUCUCCCGGCUCCAGCUCGAUUUGUUAUUUUCGACUGCUGCUGUUUUAGUUGAGGGAUUGGCCACCGGGAACGCAGCGAGCACGCAGCUAUGGUACAGAAUUGCGUGCUGUGCCGCAGCAGCGAGCAGGACGAGUUGGUCUUCGGCACUGUGCACGUGCAGGACAAGAUGAUGGUGCACCGCAACUGCUUGUACCUCAGCUCGAAUCUCAUCCAGCGCGGCGACAAGCACUUGGGCAUACUGAACUUCCUCAAGGAGGACAUCGAAGCGGAGGCCAAGCGCUGCCGUACAUUAACGUGCUGCUAUUGCCGCCGCCUGGGGGCCAAUAUUGGGUGCUGCAAGUCGGGCUGCCGCCGCACCUUUCACACCAAAUGCGGCGUCGAUCAUCUGGCCCAGAACCAGUUCCGCGACACGUACAAAUCGUACUGCCAUCAGCAUGUGCUGGUGCAUCGCCACCGUCCGUCGCUCAUAAAGAAGGAAGAAUGUGUCAUAUGCGCAGAUGAACUGCUCGGCGUGGGCGAGCGCUUCAGCGUGGUGACCUGUAUCUACGCGCCGUGCUGUCGCAAUGGAUGGUUCCACCGCAACUGCCUGCAGCGCUACGCCAAUUCGGCCGGCUACUUCUUCAAGUGCCCGCUGUGCAACAACUUGGAGGUGUUCCGCAAGGUGGUUUUGAUGGGCAUCUCGGUGCUGAACCAAGACGCCACCUGGGAGACGGAUCCGGACGCCUUUGUAGAUCAGUUUCACCGCGAUUUGGUUUGCACGGCCGAAAAGUGCUUUGCGGUGUCUGGUCGUGACGACACCUCCGCAACGCUGUUGUACUGCAACAAUUGCGGUGCCAACCCGUCGCACUUCUUUUGCACGACCCAGAGUUACAAAGACUACGUCUGCAACAUUUGCGCACCCGUCUUGCCGAACCCAGUUCCCUAUGUCGAUUCGGACUCGGAUGACGGCGACUCAAUCGACGUAACUGAAUUUGAGACAGCCGCCACACAGUUAGCAGCGGGCGAACAGGGUGAUCUUAUUCACCUCAAGCUGUCCGCCUCCAUUUGGGAUGUCAGCGACACAUCUGACGAUGACGACGAUGCCGUCUUUCAGCGCGCCGUCGAUGCCAAGCUGCAGAAGACCAUCUCCGAUGACCAACCAUCUACUUCUGCGGCGGCGGCACGCGCUUUAUCCUCCAGCACCCGUUCAGCGCUAGCAGCGGCCGGAUCACGCGCAACUGCUGCGCCAUCUCGUGGAUCUCACACAACAUUUGAAACACCGCGUGGAUCGCAAGCAACAACUGUAACCUCACGCGCAUCACGCACCUCUGCCGCAAGGCCAUCUCGCGCUACUACUAGAGCUGCUGUAUCCCCAGCCACACCGGCACUCAAUAACCAGGAAAACACUGAGCCGUCCCCAUCGAACGUGCGUCGCACCUCUCACUCUCGCGCACGCACCACGCGCACUAGACGCACCAUGAGCACUAGACGCACCAUGCCAGCCAGAAUGACAGUGGAGGAGUCCGAUAACGAGAAGAGCGAUCAAGAUGACGGGGCUGAGACGAAGAGGCUCCGCCUUUCGUCCACUUCCACUGAGCCGUCGACAGGCAGGCGUCUAUUGCGCUCCAUCUCGCCAGAGCCGAGCACUUCUGCUCCACGCACGUUGCGUCGCCGCACUUUGGCCAACAUGCAUCCAACAUACACCAACAUGGAUGUAUCCUGUGUGGCCAAUAGGACCCGCAACCGCUUGCCCACGCACAUGGCCACUCGCAAGGUUUAGGAGAUCGGAUGGCAACGACUAGUGACACUCGCAAAUUCCAUGUACAGCACAUCGACUAGGCUGUGGACCAAAUGCGUGCGUUUGGUGCGCAGCUGCUUCUCAUUGUAUUUUUAUUGUUCAGAUUAUGGAGAGCGACUGUUGUACAUAGAUAUAUCCCAUUAAAUACCUGUUCUCCUUGCCUGUAUUCGCUAAUAAGUUUCGAGCAACUCGGUUCAUUUAUUAUUUAUUUCUUCUGCACAUGCCAUUUUCUUUAAGUAUUUGUAGAAAUAACUUGUAUACAUAUUUACUUUAUUUAACUAGUUGUAGACAUCAUUUAACCCUUUUCGCCUUUCUUUCCAGCCACUUGCAGUGCAGUAUUAUUAUAUUUUUAUGACUAGCAAUCUAAGAAUCCCUGACCAGUAUCUGUUUUAUGAUACAUGUUGAGAACCACCGAGCUUAGUGCAUAUCUUUUCUUUGCUUUUUUUCAUCUCCUUUUCCUGUUUCUUACACGACCUUAUUCCGGAGAAA